UCACUUUCCCACCACUCGACACGCAACUUCCGCUUCCUCCCCCUUAUAUACAAACCAAGCCAACGCCUUCUCUCGACUCAACUCACAUUCUUCACACUCCAGCCAAACACCACACCCAAAACCUCUCUUUUAAGAGCUUCUCUCUUUUUCCUUACUUGGAUUAGCAAAGCAUAUUCCUCUCUUUAUUUCAUUUCACUCUGCGAUGGCUCUAGAAGCUCUGAACUCUCCGACCGCAGCGGCGCCUUCGUUCCGCUUCGAGGACGCCGCCAGCCUCCAGUACCUCGACCAGCCGUGGGCGAAGCGGAAGCGCUCCAAGCGUCCACGCCUCGACAACGCGCCCACAGAGGAAGAGUACCUCGCUCUCUGCCUCAUCAUGCUCGCUCGGGGCGGCGCAAACCGCCGUCAAAAGCCGGUUCUUUCCACUCCUCCACUGGCGGAGGAAUCGGCCGCAAAGCUGAGCUACAAGUGCUCUGUCUGCAACAAAGCCUUCUCCUCUUACCAGGCUCUCGGCGGACACAAGGCCAGCCAUAGAAAAGGCAGCGGUGGCGGCGAGGAUCAGUCCACGUCGUCCACCACGACGACAUCCGCCGCCACCGCCGCCGCCGGCGCAGUCUCCAACGGUACUGGUAAGUCUCACGCGUGCUCCAUCUGCCACAAGACUUUUCCUACCGGCCAGGCUCUCGGUGGACACAAGAGGUGUCACUACGAUGGUGGUAACGCCACCAACACCACCGUCUCUGCCUCCGUCGCCGCCGCAAACAGCGCUGUGACGUCCUCCGAAGGCGUGGGCUCUACUACUCACACCGCCUUCAGCCAUAGCCACCGCGACUUCGACCUUAACCUCCCUGCCUUACCAGAGUUCUCACGCAAUUUCUUCAUCUCCGGCGACGACGAGGUCGAGAGUCCCCAUCCGUUGAAGAAGCGAGCCUUGAUGCCUCUGAAGAUCCAAAUCUCCCAACACCAUUAAAAUUAGCAUUUAUUUUCCCCUUCCCUCUUUCGUCCUUGGUUUCAUUUUAGUCUUAGGAAAAUUCAAUUUUCUGAAUUUUUUUUUCUUUACUAGUUGUGGUUAACACAAUUUUUUUCUGUACAUACAAGUUGAAGAACUCUCUUGUUAGCUUCUCAGUUGUGUUAUUAUUAGAAAUUCAAUUAAUUUAAUUUUUUUUUAAUU